GGAACGCCGCGUGGGAGACGGAGAAAUUGGGGGAGGCGGGCGUAAACAAGUGAGGGGGCAGCCUGCCAGCAGCCGCGCCCCCUGGCACCCCGGGCCGCGAGCGCCACCAUGGGUAGGCGACAAUGAUCGUCCUCCCCGGGCUGCGCCGCCGCCUCUCAGGUGUCUGGCCUUCACACGGCGGCGGAUACACCCAACUCCAGCCUGGAAUUGAGGGUCCACAGGACGGAAAAAGAUGCGUGCGUCCAUGCCAGAGCCCAAGGUUGGAGACCUGAUUGAGAUCUUCCGCCCUUUCUACAGACACUGGGCCAUCUACGUUGGCGAUGGAUACGUGGUCCACCUGGCCCCGCCAAGCGAAGUUGCGGGAGCUGGCGCGGCCAGCAUCAUGUCCACCCUGACCGAGAAGGCCGUAGUGAAGAAGGAACUGCUGUGUGAUGUGGUUGGGAGAGACAAGUACCAGGUCAAUAACAAACAUGAUGAUAAGUACUCCCCACUGCCUCCCAGCAAAAUCGUCCAGCGGGCGGAGGAGCUGGUGGGGCGGGAGCUGCCCUAUUCGCUGCCCUGUGAGAACUGCGAACAUUUCGUGAAUGAGCUGCGCUACGGAGUCCGCCGCAGUGACCAGGUGCGUCCUCAGCCUCGUCCCCAUCCCCAGGAGCCAGACCAUUCCGUCAGCCGGCGGGGGAUGGGCAUCGGGCAUCUAGAAGGCAAAUGGAUGCCACGCUCGGGGUGGGGACGAGGGUGUGGAGACAGCAGGUCGGCCCCGUGGGCCAGCACAGCUGUGCACCAUGACCCACGAUCAAGGAAAACGCUGGGAACAAGAGCUUUCACGUGGAUCUCCCCGCCCCCGCCCCCCGCCCCCGACCCAGAACCGCUGCGGCUGCCACAAAGCCACGCCUGA